AUGGCUAUCACAAAGUACGCCGUCGUCGGCACUGGUGGACGUGCUGCGUUCUUUUACUGCGCUAUUGUACGCGAUUUCAAAGAGAAUGCCUCUCUGGUAGCCUUCUGUGAUAGCAAUCAAACUCGCAUGAAUGUCGCCAAUGAUCGAGUUCAAGAAUUGGGCCUGGCGCGACUGCCUACAUACAAAGCUGCGGACUUUGAUCGAAUGAUUGAAGAGACUAAGCCCGAUGUGAUCAUUGUGACUACGAUCGAUCGAUCCCAUCAUCAAUAUAUCAUUCGUGCUAUGCAACUGGGAUGUGACGUGUUGAGCGAAAAGCCCAUGACGGUGGACGAGAACAAGUGUCAACUGAUUCUGGAUGCUGUGAAGGAAACAAAACAGCAGCUUCGCGUCACCUUUAACUACAGAUAUGCACCUCACAAUACUAAGGUGCGGGAGUUGCUAAUGGAUGGAGCCAUUGGUAAAGUGACUUCGGUUCACUUUGAAUGGCUAUUAAAUACCCGACAUGGUGCGGAUUACUUCCGUCGCUGGCAUCGAGAUAAACGAAACAGCGGCGGUCUUUUGGUUCACAAGUCGACUCAUCAUUUCGAUCUGGUCAACUUUUGGUUAGGAAGUCGUCCAUCUACUGUCUUUGCGCAGGGUGACCUGAAGUUCUACGGCAAGGAGAACGCAGAGUCACGGGGCGAAACCGAAUUCUAUUCUCGAGCUCAUGGUAGCUCAGCAGCAACCAAUGAUCCCUUCGCUCUUCAUAUUGAAGAGCACCCUCAACUCAAAGCUAUGUAUCUCGACGCCGAACACGAGGAUGGCUACUACCGCGAUCAAAGCGUGUUUGGUGAUGGUAUUAACAUCGAAGAUACUAUGGGUGUGUUAGUGAGCUAUCAGUCUGGAGCAAUCAUGACAUAUAGUCUCAAUGCAUACUGUCCCUGGGAAGGCUUCCGAGUUUGUUUCAAUGGAACUGGGGGUCGACUUGAGAUGGACGUGCUCGAAGAAUCCUACGUCAAUUCUGGCGGAGAGCAAGGGAAAGAAGGUGCUGUGGCACAUACUAAGAUCACUGUGCAUCCUAUGUUUGCACCACCAUAUGAAGCUGAGGUUAUUGAAGGAGAGGGAGGACAUGGUGGUGGAGAUCCCAUCUUGCUAAAUGACUUAUUUGGUCAACCAGUCCCUGAUCGUUUGAAUCGUGCCGCAUCUCAUGUAGAUGGCGCUAUGUCUAUUCUUACAGGUAUCGCGGCCAAUAAGGCUAUUCGCACUAGUCAAGUUGUUCAGGUCAAGGAUUUGGUUCAGUUUUAG